CAAAAACUCUCAGUCCCUCACUAGUCACUACUGGAGGCACCGGCAGCCCACAUUUCCAACUUAAAUCAGUUUUCAUCCUCUUCACCCUUCACCCUUCAACAGUGUCCUUGGAUUCAGGUCGACGGAAAUCUUUGGAUGGAGAAUAUUAUUUAGGCACUUGAGGUCGUUUGUAUUUGGGAUCGAGGAUAGACUUGGGAGUUCAGGACAGACUUAAGCAAGGACCCGCAAAUGAGGCUUGCACUGCUCCAUCCAGGCAGAUGGCCAUUGGCUUGAGGAGUCGAUUGCAUUACCAAUAUUAGUAAUGUACUUUUAUUCUACUAAUUUUAUUGUCAAGGAGGGUGCAAGUUUGGCUCUCCAAUUGUUUGUUGAUUUCCGAUGUCAUCUCUACGACGCUUCUCAAGCCAUGCUUGUGUUUCUCAAACCAUUACUACUAUCUUAGGGUCCAAAGUACAUCUUCAAAGUAAGGCUGUAAUACACUCACCUGCCAGAACUGUGGCUCAACAAAUAUCAGGGUCCCAAUCCAGACCUGCCACGUGCAGUCUUUCUCGCACCCUCUACACAGCCACUGCAGCAACUGAGCCUCGGUCCAAGAAUCUUGAGUGCAUUGCUGACAACCUCUUGGACCUCACAAAGAUUGAGAGGCAUGACUACUCCAUCCUCUUCAGGUUAAAAAUGGGCCUCAACCGAUAUGGUCCAGCAGUCUCAGGGAUAGGCCCGACAUCCUCCGAAUCUGGGUCUGCCUCCACAGACUCCAAGGUGGUGGAGAAGACCGCGUUUGAUAUAAAGCUUGAGAAGUUUGACGCAGUGGCAAAGAUCAAGAUCAUAAAGGAGGUUAGGACUUUCACUGAUUUGGGACUAAAGGACGCUAAAGACUUGGUGGAAAAGGCUCCAGUUUUGCUGAAGAAGGGUGUCACCAAAGAGGAGGCAGGCCCCAUUGUUGACAAGCUCAAGGAGUUGGGUGCUACUGUGGUACUGGAAUGAAGGGAAUUGUCUUUCAUUUGUUUUGCUUCAUGUAGAAUUGUGAUCAAUGUGUUCAAUUAUAAACGGAGAGAUUUUAGAGAGCUUGUUGAAUUGGGGCUUCUGUGUUUUCUUGUUAAAUAGGGAAUUGGCUGUUGGAUUCUACAA